UAGACGAUCUUUUUCCCCACAACGUCUUGACGUGUCAUUCAGUGAGGGAAGUUUCCGAUCUUGAAACGUCUCUACUUUGAGAGUUUGUGUAUGAACGCUGCAUUAAGUAUGACUUGUUAGGAAUCAUGUCGCAGCAGCAGUGUGUCGGGGGUCAACAUGCAGUGGAGAAGACACGUCGCUGGGCUCGUUUUCACUGCUGUAUUCGUUGUAUCAUAUUUCACGAAUAAGUUUGUCCUGUCCGUGUUAAAAUUCACCUAUCCAACAUUAUUUCAAGGAUGGCAGACAUUUGUCGGGGCCGCCCUGCUUCUCCUCUCUGGGAGGUUUGGAUGGGUGGAAAUGAGCCGCAUCAGCAGGUCAGCUGCUCUUUCCUGGCUUCCUGGCUCCCUCCUCUUUGUGGGAAACAUAUAUGCUGGUUCCAGGGCCUUAUCGCAUAUAGACAUUCCCUUUUUCUUCACUCUUCAGAAUUCCUCACAUGUUGUUAGUUGUGUUCUCUUGACGGUUGUUAAAAGAGAGAAGGCACAAUGGCUGAAAUUAAUCAGUAUCUGCUUCAUGCUGCUCUCAGCCAUCAAUCUCCCCUUUCAUGAUCCUCAGUUUGAGCACAGUGGUUACCUUUGGGGUGUCGGUCACCUGCUCUGUGUUGGUGCGUACAGGGUGUUUGAAGGUCACUACACGUCCAGUAAUUUGAGUGACCUGGAACAGCAUUGCAUCAACUACUUGUUCAGUGUGGUGCUGCUGACCAUCGCAGCUCAUCCAACAGGUGACCUCGUGGCUGCCUUGGAGUUCCCCUCCCUUCAAUCCUACACAUUUCACUGUGGUUGCUGUGCCAGUGCACUGCUGGGUUUUAUGUUGCUGCUGGCAACGGUCAGGUUAAAAAGUAGAUGUUCCCUGGAGCACUUUGGGGUCUGGAUUUUCUUGUCCAAGAUCAUUGCCAUGUCCCUCUCCCCGCUCCUCUUCCACAUGGACAUGAGUGCGUCAUCUCUUAUUUGCGUGGUCAUCAGUCACGUCGGAGAGGUCCUGCUGGUGCUCUCUCAGAGACUCUACGUUGUGAACACGUAAUUGCAGCUUUCCGGAUUAACCCAAAACUUGCACUAUAGAGAUUGUUUUACCAAAAGAUGUAUUUUACUUUUGCACAAUUAUUUUUUUCGUCCAAUGCGUUGACAAUCUGUUCAAAUAAACUUGGAUUUCCGAACCAUUUGUCCUUUGUGUGCUGUAAUUUAGCAAAUCAGUGUGGUUUAACCUUCCUGUAAAACCACACUAAAUGAGCUGAAGAAGUAGCUGAAAUAAAG